AUAUUGUUCGUGUUUAUUCAGUAUUGACAAUGCACUAUUAGAUUCUCACAAUAAUGAUGACCUGUUUCGCAAAAAAUCCCCGGACUAAAUUAAGUUCGAUUUGGAAUACAAAAUCUCACCACACGAACAUUAUAUAUACAAAAGCAGCACUUCACUUUUAUUCACGUUUUUUUUCGCUUACCAACCACAGUAAGAGAAAUUAACAAUUCAGUCAGCUCUGUUAUGCCGGCUGUGUAACACGCUUUUAUACACAUAAAGUCACUUGCUUAUAACACUUUUUUUGUUUGUUUUGUUGCAAACUAAAUGGUUAAUGGUGAAAUGAUUUUGUUUGUUUAUUCCAUGAACUAUAUUUUAUUGUUGUCAUUUUAAUGUGGGCAAACCGGGCUCUGAUGUUUAUUAUUGAUUUGAAAGUGUUUGCAUCCAAGUUCGUUUAACAGAAUUGCAACGGAAAUUCCAAAGUGUUUUCUAGUCACUAAAACUACAGAUUGCAAACACAGUGUCUGGAAGUAACGUAAUCUCAUUCGGAAGCGACUUAAAAAAAAGAGUCGAUUGCAGUUUAGUUAGUGAGUUAAAAAAGAGUCUGAUUUCUGGCAACAUAGCAACUGGCACAAAAUGACUUCAAAUUACAUUAUUUGAAUAGAAUUGUCAUUUUCAUGAAUUCUCCCCAUUUUAUUUUGUGACUUGAUUUUAAGUGAAGUUUAUUAUUAAACUCUGGAGAGAAGUUGAUGUCUUGAUAACUGAUUGGAAUUUAAACGGAUUGACAAACCGGCAACGCGAGACACAAAAACAGUUUUCUUUUUCAUCAGUGGUCGGUGCUGUGUCAAACAAAAUAUCUGCUAAACGUUAACAACAGUGUUAAUACACAAUGGCAACCGAAGGGAAAACUUCCAGAUUAGCGCAAAUGCAGAUGCAGUUUCAACAGAAGCAGCAGCACGAAAUUCAACAAAAGCGAUCUCAAAUGGCAAUUAGCCGAAACAUUAGCGCUUUGGACAUAAAUGAUAAUUCAAAAUUUACAGCUUCGUUGGGUGCUGGAAAGGUGAGGCAAAUGUUUGACGAACGGCGUCAACGAACGACAACGGGGAUCGAUAAAAGUUAUCCGCUACAACCGAUUACGUCGCGUAAAUCACCAACACCAGCUACGAAUAUGGUUAAGUCGAAUUCGCAGUCGGAUAAACUGAAUGGUAACUAUGCGAUAUUGAACAAACAAAGUGGAUUUGGUGAUACUCUUGACAACGAAAAAUUUCCAGAAUUUUUCGAUGAUGACGCGGUGCAUGGUAAUAAGAGUGUGCCAUUUAAGUUACCAAAUGUUGGUAGACCAGCGUCGAGCAUGAGUAAACCGAACGGAAAUUUCAAAUUAAAACCGUUUGUUCCGAAGAACACCGCACCUCCAAAAGAAGUCAUGGCCAAAAAACCAACUAUUGCAAAAAAAUUGGCACCGGUUGCAAUACCGUCGCCACCGAAUCCUCAACCUGCCAUUAAGACAUCGAAAUCGAUUACUGGUAGCUUAGCUUCAAAGCCAACCGUUGUGAAAGCGCAUUCUGUUCCACGCAGUGGCGGCUCUACAAAUUCCAAUCGUACGCCCGUAACACCACCCGAAAAUAUGGCGGCAUGCGGAAAUUGUGGUCGCUUUUUCAAUGAAGAACGUGUUGAGAAGCAUGAAAGUAUUUGCAAGAAGCAGAAGAAACGUAAAGUGUUUGAUGCGACCAAACAUCGAACCCAAGGUACGGAAGUCGAAGUUUACGUGAAAAAAGCUCUGAAAGCUACACCGAAAAAGCAGGUAGCAGCCGCUCCUGCUACGAAAAAGUCGAAUUGGCGUCAAAAGCACGAAGAAUUCAUUGCAGCAAUUCGAAGUGCUAAGCAGGUUCAAGCUCACCUAGCCGCUGGCGGUAAAUUAUCAGAUUUACCUCCACCGCCGCCAUCUGAAAAUCCCGACUACGUGCAGUGUCCACAUUGCUCGCGACGAUUUAAUCAAGGUGCUGCUGACCGACACAUUCCGAAAUGUGCUAACUUUCAACACAACAAACCGAAACCCGUAGCUAAGAAGAAAUAUUAAGUUUUUCUACCGAUUUUGGGUCGCCUCAUACAUCCUGACACCAAAUUUUUAACAUUCCGUGAGAUUUUCUUAGCUGUGUUGGAUAUUUUGUUUUGGUGGCCAUUAUGUAGUGAGCUUUGGUGUUAACAAAGACAAACAACAAAAAAUAUUAAUGAAGAAACGCGAGAACCGAAAUUCGUAUGUGAUAAAUAAUGUGAAAGAUGAAAUAAUAUAUUCGUUUCAGAAAU